AGGGGCAUCCCGAAAACGUUUAUGACUUUCAAGUUAAGUUCUAUAUUGGCUUUGAAGUUUGCAUGUCCAAAAUAAUGGGUUUUUGUGUAUCAAGAGGACAAAAAAGAUUUGCAACUCAUUCCAUCUCUAUAGAGUAUAAACAGCAUAGACAAAGCAAUGAGCCUUCAAGAAUCAUUCAUGUCCAGAACCAGAAGUUAAAAAUGUCCAGAAGAACUGGUCAAUAGUUUAUUGCUAGAAUUAGAGAGCACAGCUAAUUUGAAACCUACAAAGCAGAAUUUACGGGGUUUAAACAGGAGACCUCCUUCCACAUCCCUCAAUGGCCGUCAAACCAUACACUUCUAUUCACUUUCAUAUAACUCCCCCUACAUCUCCCCCCUUCCUUUCUAUAAGCAGCAGCCUUGGGCCGGCCAAGGUAAGUCGGCCAUGGCUAUCCCUCCCAACGCCUUGGGCUGCUUUCUUUUCUUCUCGUUCAUCUUCUCUAUAUUCUCUACCUUCUCUUUGGCAUUGACCGAUGCUGAAGCGUCCUACAUUGCUCGUCGUCAGCUCUUGACGUUCCGUGAAAACGGUGACCUUCCUGAUGAUGUCGAAUACGAAGUUCAAAUCACUGAAACUUUUGCCAACCAGAGGCUGAAGAGAGCAUACAUUGCUCUCCAGGCAUGGAAGAAGGCUAUGUAUUCCGACCCCUUCAACACAACCAGCAAUUGGGUUGGCGCCAACGUGUGUGCCUACAACGGUGUCUUCUGCGACCCAGCGCUUGACGACCCAAAGUUGAACGUUGUUGCUGGUGUUGAUUUGAACCAUGCUGACAUUGCAGGGUACCUCCCUGUUGAGUUGGGGCUCAUGACUGAUGUUGCAUUGUUCCACAUUAAUACUAACAGGUUUUGUGGAAUAAUCCCCAAGAGCAUGUCCAGGCUUACCCUCAUGCAUGAGUUUGAUGUUAGCAACAACCGUUUCGUCGGUUCCUUUCCAACAAUGACUCUAUCUUGGCCAGACCUCAAGUAUCUUGAUGUUAGAUUCAAUGAUUUCGAAGGUGAGUUGCCGCCGGAAGUCUUUAAGAAGCAACUGGAUGCAUUGUUCUUGAACAACAAUAGGUUCACAUCCACCAUCCCUGAUGCAAUUGGUGAAUCCACGGUUACUGUGGUGACAUUUGCUCAUAACAAUUUCACCGGUUGCAUCCCACGCAGCAUUGGCAAGAUGGCUAACCUAAAUGAGAUCAUCUUUAUGGGCAAUGAGCUUGGUGGUUGCUUCCCGUAUGAAAUUGGGUUGCUUGAGAACGCAACAGUCUUUGAUGCCAGCUCGAACUUGUUCGUUGGUUCUUUACCAGACAGUUUUUCUGGGUUGAAGAACGUUGAUCUCUUGGAUAUUUCUAAUAACAAGCUGACAGGAGUUGUACCAGAGACAAUUUGCAAGCUUCCAGGCUUGUCAAAUUUCACAUUCUCAUACAACUAUUUCACCGCUGAAUCAUGUGUACAAACAUCGAGGAAAGACAUUGUGUUGGAUGAUACGAGCAAUUGCUUGGCUGAUAGGCCUAAGCAGAAGUUGAAGGAGGCAUGCUUCCCUGUCGUUAGUCGACCAGUGGAUUGCAGCAAGGACAAGUGUGCUGGAGGAUCUACGCCAAAGCCACAACCAACACCUUCCCCUGCUGCAAUUCAUAAGCCAUCGACCCCAGCAAUUCCAAAGUCAAAGCCACAACCCACACCCUCUCCUCCAAAACCAUCAUCACCACCACCAUCAGUCCCAGUUGUGGAGAAGCCAGAUUCUCCAACUGUACCAAAACCAUCAUCACCACCACCAUCUCCUUCUCCUAAACCAGUAGCACCAGCCCCACCACUUGAUGAUCAUGAUCGAUCGCCAGUACUAGCACCACCAUUACCAGAUAAACAUGAUCGAUCCCCUGUAGAUCACCCACCACCACCACAACAAACGAUCGAGGUCCCAUCUCUAGAGCCCACACCAAAACCAUCUCUGAAACCUAAGCCGAUGAAAUCUCCACCAACCCCUAUCCACUCCCCACUACCACCACCUGAACACUCACCACCCCCACCAGUCCAGUCUCCUCCACCUCCUAUGCACUCACCACCCCCACCAGUCAACUCUCCACCACCGCCGGUGCCAAUGCAGUCACCACCACCACCAAUCAAAUCUCCACCACCGUCGAUGAAGUCACCACCACCAUUGGUCCACUCUCCUCCACCGCCGGUGCAGUCACCACCCCCACCAAUCCAUUCUCCACCCCCACCGGUUCACUCUCCACCUCCACCGGUUCACUCCCCACCUCCACCAGUGCCCUCUCCUUCACCGCCACCACCACCACCAAUCCAUUCUCCACCCCCACCAGUUCACUCCCCACCUCCACCAGUGCUCUCUCCACCACCACCAUCACCACCGAUCCAUUCUCCACCCCCACCGGUUCGCUCCCCACCUCCAGCAGUGCCUUCUCCUUCACCACCACCACCAAUCCAUUCUCCACCCCCACCAAUUCGCUCCUCACCUCCACCUCCACCGGUGCCCUCUCCUUCACCAUCACCACCACCACCACCACCAAUGUUCUCUCCUCCACCACCCACACCAGUAUCCUCGCCUCCACCACCGCCAACUCUAUCUCCACCACCACCACCAACCUUCGAAGACAUUAUCCUCCCACCAAACCUGGGGUUUCAGUACUCAUCGCCGCCUCCACCAAUGGUCCCAGGCUACUAAAUGUCAUAUUAUCUUGUACUCAUAUUUAUAGUUACAGAAAGCCAUUUGUACACAAACCAAUUUACUUUUUGUAACAAGUUGAAGUUGAAAUGCAAUGAAUGACAAUCCUUGUAGUGUAAUGUGAAUUCCAUUAAUCUUCUUCUUCUCUUGCACUUGUUUCCAAUUUAACAUUAUUACAACACACACACAUAUGUGACACUGACACUGCAAUUGUGCUUUUGUGGCUAUACAAAGAUCAUAACAAACUUCACCAGCCAAGAAACUUAGUUGAGAGGACAAACGAAGAGAAACGAAUAAAGGAAGGGAUAGUUAUUAGAAGAAUAAACUUAUUUGUACUGAAAACUUAGCAGAAAGUCUCACCAACAGCGGCUCCUACGUAAUGUGCUCAAGUCUGAUGUUGGUCUUGGCUUCAACAGAUCGCUUGAGAUGGGAGUUCAGGAAUUAAAAGUAGGAGGACUUCAAUAAGAAACUACCUUGAUCUUGAUAUGCUUUUGAAGUGUAUGAGAGUCUUGAUAGGCAGCCUACAUAAUA